CCGGAAGUGCUUCUCUUUACCUAACGAGGUCAAAAUGGAGGCUCGCUGCAUGUGAACUGGGGUCGUAAGGGGAGCCGGCUUUAUGAUUCGUGAACAUGUAUAAAACGCCAUGUAGCAGGCUGUCAGGUUUUGUUGGUGUAAGUGUGAAACAGAAACUAGCUCAGAAUGUUCCUCGGUGUAACCAGAUUGCUCGCAGCCUUAUUCAACUUCACAGGAGAGAGCCUUCAAACUGGCUGACAUAUCAACAUCUUAACUUCCUUAAACGCCAGUAUGUUUCAAAGAACACUGGUGAGCUUCACCAGCGUGCCAUCCCCAAACAGGCACCUGCCCUGAUUAUUGUGGAUGAGAGAGAUGACAGCAUUGAAAGGCAAGUUGAGAGAAUACCAACCAUCAAUCCUGCAGCCACAGAUGCUGCUCCACAGCCAGAGGAUGGAACCCAUAAGCCACAAACUGAAUUCUCCCAUUUGAAGCCCACUGCAGAAAAUGCAGCAGUGCAGAAUGUUUCAGCUUCCUGUAAGGCUGGAAGUCCAGAUGAGCCUCCACAUGUCCAGGUUGAGACGGAAGAAGAAAAACAGGCACGUCUGGAUAGACAGUGGAAGCAGCUGAAGGUCGAUAGGGCUGACUUACCGGAUAUCUACGCAAGACUUUCAAAAAUUAAACUGACAGCACUGGUGGUUACAACUGCAGCAGCCGGCUUUGCCAUGGCUCCAGUGCCCUUUGACCCAAUCAUCUUUUUCGUGUCAUCUCUUGGAACAGGCCUUGCCUCUUGUGCUGCCAAUUCAAUUAACCAGUACUUUGAGAUGCCCUUUGACUCCAACAUGAACAGAACAAAGAACCGUCCACUCGUCAGAGGACAGAUCAGCCCCCUCCAUGCAGUGUCCUUUGCUCUAGCCUGUGGGGUUCCUGGAGUUGCUCUGCUCACGCUGGCAGUAAACCCCCUGACAGGCUUCCUGGGCGCCCUCAACAUCUUUCUCUACACCUGUUGUUACACACCACUCAAGAGGCUUAGCAUCACCAACACCUGGGUGGGAGCAGUGGUGGGGGCGAUACCUCCUGUGAUGGGCUGGACUGCGGCCACAGGUUGUCUGGAGCCAGGUGCUUUGUUGCUGGGCGGUUUCCUGUACAGCUGGCAGUUCCCCCACUUCAACGCCCUCAGCUGGAACUUGAGGGAAGACUACUCCCGAGGUGGCUAUCGAAUGAUGUCCGUCACCCACCCCACAAUGUGCAAGCGGGUGGCCCUGCGCCACAGCCUGGGUCUGAUCGGCCUGUCGACCUUAGCGCCCGUGCUGGAUGUCACCACCUGGACCUUCCCUAUCAUCUCUUUACCCAUCAACCUGUACAUCAGCUACCUGGCCUUCCGCUUCUACCACAAGGGAGACCGCAGCAGUGCCCGAAAGCUGUUCUUUUGCAGCCUGUGGCACCUGCCCAUGCUGCUGCUGCUGGCACUCACUUGCAAAAAGUAUAGUAGAAAUCAGGAGGGUGCCACUCUGCCUGCAGCAUCUUUACCACUCACACUUCCAGCCAACUAAUUUCAUAGCUAUCCCGACACUUGGAGGGGCCUGUGGGACCCCUUUUUUUUUUUUUAAACCACAAUACUUCAGUGUCCUGUGGGCACAUUAUUAUGUCCACGUGUUUAAUCCAAGCCAGCAGUGCUCACUUCAUAUCAGGAAAUGAGCUGGAAGUAGUAGCUGAAUUACAGAAAACACACUGAAUUAUUACAUCAGGUUGUAAUCCUCUGAAUGUGUAUGUACUGUACAUACAUUCUGUAUUUAUUUAUAGCAGGGCCCACCACUCGAUCUGUGCUUUACAUGACUGAUUUUAAAAUACUGUGGACAAUAUAAAUUGCAGUACAUUGUACAGAUGCAGACUCUUAUCGGAAUAUGUUAGCUGCUCGAUCAGUGUGUAUAAAAAAAAUCGAGGUUUAUUUGGCAGCUACAACAUAGCAGUUAUGUUGACUGUUGCUCGACUUUCACUUGAUCCCUGAUACUUGACGGUUAAUGACCUUUGCUGCAUUUUGCUCCUCACUGAUGGGUCUCGAUUCGUUAGCGUAAUGCUUUAAUUCCAUGUGGUUUGCCUACACCAAAAUAAAAGGGAAUAUUUCACCCCUGUAAAAAACAAGGGCAAACGCUCUCCAACAAUAAACACGUCAUGAUUGUGA